AUGAACCUGCUCGCCGCCGCCGGCAUCUACGUGAUCUCGGACCUCUCCAACCCAACCCAAUCCAUCGACCGUUCCGACCCGGCCUGGGAAACCAGCCUCUACACGCGCUACACGAACGUCAUCGACGAGCUCAUCCAAUACAACAACACCUUGGGCUUCUUCGCUGGCAACGAAGUCUCCAAUGACGUCGCCACCACGGAUGCCAGCGCCUUUGUCAAAGCCGCCGUCCGGGAUACGAAAGCUUACAUCAAGAGCCAGGGAUACCGGUCCAUUGGUGUUGGGUAUGCGACUAACGAUGACUCCGACAUUCGGGACAAUAUAUCAGACCACUUCAACUGUGGGAGUGAGGACGAGAGUAUUGAUUUCUGGGGGUAUAACAUCUACUCCUGGUGUGGAGAGUCGAGUUAUACCAAGUCCGGCUUUGAUAAGCGGACGGAAGAGUUUAGGAAUUAUUCCGUGCCGGUGUUCUUCUCCGAGUAUGGAUGUAAUGAGGUCCAGCCGAGGAAGUUCACGGAGAUUAAGACGCUGUUUGGGGAGAAGAUGAAUGAUGUUUGGUCCGGUGGUAUUGUGUAUAUGUAUUUCCAGACGGAUAAUGAUUACGGCCUCGUCUCCGCCAUCGACAGCACCAGCGUCUCCAAACUCGCCGACUUCACCUACUACUCCUCCCAAAUGGCCAGCGCCACACCCACCGGCACAAACAAAGCAUCCUACACCCCCACCAACACCGCCCUAGAAUCCUGCCCAGCUGUAUCCUCUGACUCCUGGCUCGCGACCUCCUCCCCACUCCCACCUACCCCCAACGACCAACUCUGCACCUGCAUGGACAACGCCUCCGGAUGCGUGGUCAAACACUCCGUCUCAUCCAGCGACUACGCUGACCUAUUCAGCACUGUGUGCGGAAUGACCUCCUGCGAUGGCAUCUUGCAUAACGGUACCACGGGUAAGUAUGGUGCGUAUAGCAUGUGCGGUGCAAAGGAGCAGUUGAAUUUCGUUCUCGACAAGUAUUGGACGGAGCAGGGAAAGAAGGCGAAUGCGUGUGGGUUCGGGGGGUCUGCGACCACGACUAGUACUGUCAAGGCGACGGGGACAUGUAGUGCGUUGAUGAAGGAGGCUGGGACGGAGGGGACGGGGACGGUUACGAGUAAGCCAUCGGCGACAGCGGCGGCGAGUGGGAGUGUGAGUGGAACGGCGGGUGUGAGUGCUGUUGGGUCGGCAGGGAGUGCGAGCUCGGGAAGGGGAAGUGUGAUGAUGGUUAGUGUUGGGACGUGGCAGGUGGGUGUGUAUAUUGUUACGGGUGUUGUGGCGGGGUUGGGGAUGGUGUUGCUGUAG